AUGAAUGAGGUGCAUUCAGGGGUUUGUGGCCUUUACAUGAACGGUUAUGUUCUAGCAAAAAAGAUUAUCCGGGUAGGGUACUAUUGGUUGACCAUGGAGCGAGAUUGCUUCCGAUUUGUACGCAAGUGCCAUCAGUGCCAAAUUCAUAGCGACUUGAUUCACUCACCCCCUUUAGAGUUGCACCCUAUGUCUGCUCCGUGGCCUUUUGUGACUUGGGGAAUGGACGCUACUAGGCCGAUUGAGCCGAAAGCAUCUAAUGGGCAUCGUCACCAAGAAACAGUGGUGGACUUUGUUCAUUCAAACAUCAUAUGUCGUUUCGGCAUACCAAAAAUCAUUAUUACAGACAAUGCAGCGAAUCUCAGCAGCCACCUGAUGAAGGAAGUUUGUGAGCAAUUUAAAAUUGUUCAUCGUCAUUCAACCCCUUAUCGACCCAAAGCAAAUGGGGCUGUUGAAGCGGCAAAUAAAAACAUCAAGAAGAUUCUUAGGAAAAUGGUGCAAGGAUCUAGACAGUGGCAUGAAAAACUACCAUUUGCUCUCUUGGUAUACCGGACGACUAUUCGUACGUCAAUCGGUACAACUCCUUACUUAUUAGUUUACGGUACUGAGGCUGUCAUACCCAUAGAAGUUGAAAUCCCUUCUCUUCGAAUCAUUGUCGAAGCAGAAAUUGAGGACACAGAAUGGGUUAAAUCAAGGUUAGAACAAUUAGCACUGAUAGACGAAAAACGGUUCACAUCAAUUUUCUUUGGUCAAUUAUAUCAGCAGAGGAUGGCUCGAGCUUAUAACAAGAAGGUACGCCUAAGAAAUUUUGAAGUCGGUCAACUUGUUGUGAAAGGCAUCAUUUCCCAUCAAGACGAGGUCAAAGGAAAGUUUGCCCCAAAUUGGCAAGGCCCUUAUGUUAUUAAACAAGUGCUAUCAAAAGGAGCAUUGCAACUGGCAGAUAUGGAGGAAAAGGCAAUCGACACAAUUGUUAACGCAGAUUCGAUCAAAAGAUACUACAUUUAA